AUGGCAGCUAGGCCUCCUUGCAGGCUGGUGGCCGUGGAUGGCAAUGGCACCUUGCUGCGCGGCGAUGGUGGCGUCAGCGACGACACGUGCUCGGUCUUGAUGCGCGUGGAGGCCCAAGGCAUCCCUGUCGUUUUGGCCACUGGCCGUCCAUUUGAGAAGGCCAAGGCCACCUUGGAACGCGCGGGCCUGCGGCACUAUGUGCUCACUGAGAACGGUGCCCGGGCGAUCAGGAUCGCCGAUGGGCAGGCGGUCUGGGAGACCUGGUUAGAAGGCGCUGAGGUGGCGAAGACCUUGCGCCAACUCAAGGAAGCGAUGCCUUCUGUCUUUUUUGCGCAGCUCACGGCGGCUGAAGGACUCAUCGAGGAGAAGCACCCCUGGUUGGAGGACGAAGAACAGCGGCAGGCAGCAGAGAAAAUCUUCAGGAGAAAAGUACCGGAUGUCGUUCAAGAUGUGGAAAAGGGCUGCAAAUGCGCCAAGACCUAUGUUCACCUGCCGGAGGCCCUGGACUUCGGUGAGGCCAUGAAGCAGGUGAAGGCUGUGGUGGGUGAAGCCUGGGAGGUCCGCGAGAUCAAGCAGCUCUUGCCAAAGAUGCGGAACUGCUGUGAGGUGCAGAGCUCGCGGGUGAACAAGGCCGACGGCCUUCGGAACCUGUGCCAGGUGGCUGGGAUCCCACUGGAGAAUGUCUGGGCCUUCGGCGACGAUGCCAACGAUGUGCGCAUGCUCAGCGAGGUGGGCUGGGGCGUGAGGAUGGCAAAUCAUCUUCCCGCACUGGCGGGGAUAGGCCAUGACACCACCGAGCACACCAACGAGGAGGGAUCGAGAAACCACUUCGCCCGCCCGGUGGUCGAAGCGACCGAAGCGGCAGCAUGGAUCUCCACGUCAGGCACCCUGGAGAUGACGAAGAGCUUGCUGGACCUGCGAACCUUCGCUGUCUUGCUGUUGAUUUUUUACAUCAUCCUGCAGCUGAGCAAGAGCAGUUCGAAGACAAGCACUGAGAACCACGGUGGAGCCUCAGUGGACGACGAGGGCCUGGCCAACCUUGGCUUGGGCGCCAUGCCGCCGGGGAAGAAGUUGGAGAUCGCCCUGGAUCCGCCCGUGGGGCUCCACUGGAGCAAUCCCGAGGAGCCUUUUCCCUUUGAGACGGAGCUUUGCAAAGGUAGCUACUUCUUCUUCCACCCGCCCACGGACGGCCGCGCCUUUCGCGGGGCCUCGGGGGGGCUGGACUUCGCCGAGUACUUCCGAGGGAAGACCCGUCUCUGGGAACUUCGGAUUCAAUUCGUGUGUAAGAAGCCGCUGCCCUGCAAAGAUCUCUAUUUCGGCGUGGAGCUGGAGGACUACGUCCACCUGCCCGCCGCGGCGAAGCGAGUGGUGCAGCUCUCGGUGGCCGCCAUUCGGCAGGCCGUGGGUGGUGUGUACAACACUCAGGGGGACGAUCCGGCUAAGGCCAUCCCAGGAGAGGAAUCCGAGAAGCCGACCAUCGUCUUGCCGCUCUGGGCCUUCGACCAGUUUAUUAUCACGCAGCCUGGAGAAGAGGUGCCGGACAUGACCUCGCCGGAUUUCCCGGAGUACGGAAGCCGCAGGAAGGGUCGCAUCGCCGAGUACAUCCGCGAGAUGGACGACUUGGCGGCCAACCUCGGCCCAGGCCCCACCUACACCUUGGGCUUCUGGGGCAAUAGCCGAUUUUUGGAUGUGAUGAGCUGGAAGUUGCGCGGUAUUCCGCUGGUGACGCCUUUCGACUUCGAGCCCCUCAUCGGUCAGCCGCCCGUGUACGCCGUCCUCUACUGCCUCACGCCAGCGGAAGCCGGUCGUGAUGGCAAGGCAGAGAGCCGUCAUCUGAAUUCCAGGAAGAAGUACAUGUUCCGGGCGGCGAUCUGGAACUCGGAGAAGCGGGUCACCCAGGAGCUCUUCGAACGCCUUACCGGGCUCAGGUCUUCCGAUCGCUUUCUUCCGGAGUCCACGGAGCGGAAAAGAUCCAAGGGUGGACUGGUGAAGAACAUUUUCUCUGCCAUGAAGGAUCCCUUCAAGUGCUGCAGUGGCCCGCCGGGCGUGAAGUGCGAGUGA